CUCUGAUGAAAGAUCUGCCGAAUUGCGAAGAAAUGGGUUGUGGAAGAAUUUCAGCCUACUUCAUCCUCACAGAAAACAAAUACGUGUGCAGUUUCCACUACACAUCCAACUAUAAAGUGUAUGAAGCAGUGCAGCUGAUCAGCUCUAGAGCUAUGAAGAACCUCAUCGAUUGAGCAAAGUAUUGUCUUGAGUACUUCAAGGAAAUGCCUAAAAGGCUUUACUGUGGAAAACAUGAUGAGAGAUCCAACCAGCUCUGUGAAGAUAUGGAAGCUGAAUUGGAGCAAAUUACUAGCGAGUAUAUCCAAGCUGAAGAUCAAGACAAGUUUGACAAGUUCAUAUCGCUCAAGUCAAGAGUUGAAAGUGUCCAGCAUUCAAUGGAUGCCAAUCAUAUUUUUACAAAGUUUGCUAGGGAAUUAAUGUGGGAACAAAUUUAUAACAAGAUCAAAACCCCAGAAGGAGGCAUAAACCUAAACCCAGACCUCGAUCUUGUGUAUGAACGACUGGGCGAAGAAGAAGUAGAAAGUGAGGGGAAUGAAGAGAUUAGGAUGUUGAGGGAGAUGAUUAAGAAGAGAGAUAGAGAGAUUGAGGUGUUGGAGGGAAGAGUAAGAGCACAAGAGGAGACUAAGGAAGAGUUUUAAUUGGGGUUUUUAGGGUUGAUG